AUGAACAAGCCUCUGGAAAUGCUCCAUGAUUUGCCCUCGAAUUUGCUCCAAGAGGAGAUUGUUGUCAUGGAUUCUGCUACGGUGGAGGUUUUCUUCAAAAAAAAAAUAUUAUUUCAAAAAAAUUUCAGGGUUCAUCUCUUGCUUCUGAAGAAUUUCACGCUUGGCAUGAUGAAGAAGAAGACGACCUUGUUGAAGAAGUUCCCCAAAGGGUUUGUAGCUUCUAAAUCUCAAUUCAAUACUUACUUUUUGAGGUUCAUAUUUUAAAAAAUGCGAAAAAAGAGGAAGUAGAAGAUAUUGAAGAAGUGGAAUACGUUGAAUACGUCGACCCAGCGGAGCAAUCUCCUUCAAAGUCGAAGAAAAAAGGGUGAAUUUUAGAAUAGAGUUUUGAAAAACAGUUAUAAUAUAUUUUGAAGUCGAGAACGUGCGAUGAGACCCGUCACAAUGACGGCCUGCGAAGUUUGUGGCGUCGUUUUGAAACAUCCGUCGAGAAUCGCGGUUUUUCUUCACCGUUCGAAAUGAAAAAUGAUUGAAUUGAAGGAACACAUGCGAACUCACACGGGCGAAAAGCCAUUCGAGUGCGACAUUUGCGGGAAAAGAUUCUCUCAACGGACUCCUAUGGUAAAUUGAAAGGAAAAAGAAGAUAAUUGACGGCGUUUCCCAGGUAAAUCACUACAGGGAACACCUUGGCGACUAUUCCUUCGUCUGUGGUUACGGUUGCGGCAAGAGAUUCGUGAACAAUGCCAGGAAAAAUGCCCACGAAUUGAGGCAUUUGGGUUUGGUGGGUUAUUUUCCUUUCUCGAAGACUAGGGCGCUUUUAAACACUCCUCCAAAGCAUUUCUUCGUUCAAAGAAAAAAGGCCAGAAAAGCCCUAUAAAUUUUGUAUUCCAUUGCUUCGCUGGGUUUCAAACGCAGUCGGCGAAUUUCGAAAUGUUUCUUUCAAGUUCUAGAAGUUCAGACCCGCCAAGGAAGGCCUCGACCUCAUUUGAAGCCCCCAAAACGACUAAUCGACCAGACUUUCGACACGGUUCCGACCUUCUACAUGGCAAAUCUCCAGUCUUCUCUAUCGUUAUUGAAAUAUACCAAACUGAAAGAUGAAUUUUCGCUUUCAGACUUCAACAGGAAGAGAAACAAAUGGUCGAGAUACUCGUCAGUCCGUCGGAAAUGAAUGGAAUGCAACUGGUUCAGGAGGUCGACAGCCCAAAUCGGAAAAGGACGUCAAGUUCGAGGUGGGAAGAAGAACAUGUACCCGAAUAGUUGGAAAUUGAUAAAUCUAGCUCACUUCUCACUUUCAAAGUUUGAAUAUAUUCAAGGAUCUUUCUGAAAAAUACUUGUUUGUAUGUAUAAAAAAAGAAGGCAUCGCAUAUAUAGUUAGGAACGCCACAGUAGUCCCUAGAGGGACAACCUUAAGGGCUCUUGAACUCGGGCGUUCCUAAGUAUUGUUGAUUUUAUCUAAUUAUUCCAAUUUUUUUCGAAAAAACCAACGUUACUUGAAAGAAGAGUGUCAAUUUCAUUUUCCAAAUUUCUUUACGUUUCAAAAAAAUUUUAUUAGCCUCUUUUUGAAUCUUGCUUAUUAAUUACUGCUUGCUUUUUCCUCGUAUCUAAUUCAUAUUGAACAAUGUUUUAAUGGAACGUUAUAGGUUUGAAUUAACAAGGAAUACUAAUAGAUUAAAAAAAAAUUUCGAUUUUUUUUCCAGUUUCUAUGAAUAAAAUUAUUUUAAAGUUAUUUUCGAACUUUCUUCAUGAACUUUCUUCAAGUUUCCUUCAUUUUUGUUGAUUUCUGGCUCAUUUUUGAUUGCGAACCUUUCUCGGCUGUAUUGGAAUUGCUAGAGUAACGAAAAAAAAAGUUUCAAAAUUGAUCAAUUUCAUCCCAAACUUUUCUUCAACAGAGCAUGUUAGAAACCAGAUCAACAGUUAAAAAAAAGUUGAACGAUUGGAAGGUUGAAAUCGACGACCAUAAAAGGACAAUAAAACAGAAAAAAAAAUUAGGUUUUUUGUACUCCGUUUUUUUUCCCAUCUCGAACUUUAAUGAGAGGCCGUUUUUUAAAAAGUCAACUUUCCGUGUGUUUUUCUCAGAAAAAGCCGAUUAUUUUUAUCGCAAGUCGGUAAUUUAAGCGGAUUCCAUUGGAAACUUCGUACUAAUGAAAUCCUCUGGGUCUUGUUUAAAACUGACAUUUUUAGAAUCGAAGAAAUCAUCGCAUCGGUCGUGGCGGGCUGUACUGAGGAACAGCGAGUGAUUGUGGAGAAGCCGGCGAGGAGUUAUAACACGGAAAGAGCCGUCACCUUUGCACAAUGCACCAUUUGUGGCCUCAUGCUCAAACAUCCCAGCAAAAUCAAGGUGAUUUUUGAGACCAGUUAGAAUAUUAGUUUAAAGUAUUUUUUUUCAAGAAAAAUUUCGUUUGAAAAAUUUGAAAAAGUUUGCAGUUAUUUUUUUGGAAAAAAAGUUUUUGGUAAAAAUAGAUUUCUAAAAAAACGUUCUAAACAUACGAAAAAUUUGUAGUUUUUUUAGUCUAGUAAAAUGUAUUAUUUCAAAUUUUCUCUAGUUCUCGAGUUUGAAAAAGCUUUUUCCAUAUGCCCCAAAAACUGAUUCCAUAAUUCGUUUCCAGCAACACAUGAGCUCCCACGAAGGUUUCAAACCGUACAAAUGCGGCGAAUGUGGACAAUCUUUCACGAGGCCAACUUCUUUGAAACUCCAUAUCCGAAGGAAACAUACCGGUUUUCAACUGAAAUAACAACUUCUAAUAUUAUAAAAUACAUUCAGGAGACCGACCGUAUCCUUGUCGAUUCGAAUGCGGAAAGGAAUUCGUCUGCGCGGCGAGCAGGAACGAACACGAAAAGAUUGUCCACGCCGAAGUCAAGAGAUAUCAGUGCAACGUUAAAGGUUCCUUGAAAGAAGAAAAAUCGAAUUGUAGAGAAGUUUUAGGGAUAAAAAAAGCCCUUUUCGGUCGUUUUUUAUGUUAAUCUCUCGCUUUUAAGAGAUCAAAAUAUUAAAUUUUUUAGAACUUUUUUUCAAUUUUCUUUUAGAAAUAUGAGUCUACACGAGAUUUAUGGAAGUUUGAAAACUGAUUUGAAAAAGAAUUUUUAGAAAAAAAGACCUUUUUCUUUUUUUUUUACGUUGUUCUCUCAAUUAAGAGGAUGAGUACUUAUUAAGAAAUCUUACCAGGGAACGUUUUUUACCCCCCGGUUGAACUUUUGCUGAAACUUUGCUGAAGUGUACUCUAGGACCCCCUGAUAGCAGAUCAAGAAAAAAAUUUCUCGCAAUAGAUCUUGUUUCCGAGUUAUGGAGCUUCAAAGUGUGCAAAAUACGCAAAUUAGACCAAAAAAGCGCUAUUUCGGGCUUUUGAAGUGUCCUAACUCGAAAACGAGAUCUAUUGCGAGAAAUUUUCUUUCUGUUCUUUCUUGUUCUGGAAUCAUGGGGUCCUGAAGUACACUUCAGCAAAGUUUCAGCAAAAGUUCAACCGGGGGGUAAAAAAUGUUCCCUAGUUAGUCAAAAUCUUAGGGGCUUUCAGAAUUAUAGUCAAUGUUCCCGACUUGAAAGGCGAAGGAGGCGGGGCAAGGGGCGGGACGCGUAGCGUGUGCGUUCGCGGUUCGUGGCACGAGUUCAAUUUUCAUUUGUCGCCGACUAUUUAAAAAGCUCGGCGACCGCUCUUUUUCAAUGUUUUCUACUAUUUUUUGAUGCACAUAUAAACAUAAUCAAUAAAUAAUUGAAAAAGGAAUGAAAAAGCGAAAAACGGGCUUUUCAAAGAAUAGAUGGCGGUUGAAUUGAACACGUGCCAAGGACCGCGAACGCACACGCUACGCGUCCCGCCCCCUGCCCCGCCUCCCUCGCCUUUCAAGUCGGGAAAAAAAUUGACUAUAGCUUCUGAUUUUUUUUUUCAAUAAAGUUUUCCUUUAAAUACCAUUAAUCUACACGAAUCUUAACAAAAUUUUAAAAAAAAGUUCAAGAGAGGUUUUUUUUUUUUCGUUUUACCUAUUUUUUCCUUCGUUUUUUCGUAUCUUGUUCUCACUUCGAGUAAAUCAGUUUUCGAUUUGAAGCAUCAAAUUUAUAUAUUCUUGUUGAAACAGUUCUCAGAUACUUAUUUUUCCAUUGUGGAGGCUUUUUUAUACCUUACUUGAGGUUUCGAAGUAUAACAAUUUUUCUCUUCUGAUUUUAUAGAAAUCAAAUAAAACGAAUCUGGUGCCUAGAAGUACUCAAACCGUGUGGAUUCGGUUCUUUUCUGAUUCGAAAGAAAGUUUUCCAGGCUGCGAGCGACUUUUCACUCGAAGAGCCUAUUUGAUGAGCCACCGUGCUUCUCAACAUCCCGAUAUUUUCACGAGCAUUUUCGAUCCGGCGGUUUUUUUUCUUGUCAUAUUUUGUAUGGUUAUGAUUUUCUUCAGGCUGUCAUCGCUGAGGAGAAGAAAGAUCUAGAAAAUGCGGUCGCUUUCACUGAACCACCGGUAAAUUUGUCUUUUUUUCGAUUUCUAUCCAGCUUUGAGCUUUUUUCAAAUAAGAAAAUGAAGUUUCAGAUGAGUGGAUAAGUUAAUUUUCAUUCACGGCGAAAUUUUUUUUCAUUUUUUUGAGAUCUUCGUAACGUUUUUUGAUCUAUUAUGGCAAGGCUAAGUGUAUAUAUUAUUUAGGAAACGGAAGUUUCACUGCAGCCGAUGUUCAGCAACGACGUCGACGGCGACAGGUCCACCAACGUCUUCGAGGGGGAAUUCGUCGAUGAAACUGUUCUUGAAUAG